AUGACUGCGGUCCCUAAGGAACCCCCUUCUACUUCUACCAUGGCUGACAGCUUGUACGAUGCCGGUUUGGCAUCCCAAGUCCUCUUACCGUCAGACCCUGACUACGCUGGCCGCGAGGAUUCAUACUGGUGCAAUGAUGCAAAACUUGGACCAGCAUGCAUUGUGAGACCGCGCUCAGCAGACGAAGUCUCUACAGCGUUGAAGGCCCUAGUGUCUGCUGGGCAUCAAUUCGCGGUCCGAAGCGGCGGCCAUAUGAGCUGGGCUGGGGCAAACAACAUUGCAAACGGCAUUACUAUCGACUUGGGGUUGAUUAACCACGUGAAUGUUGAUGCUGCUUCUGAGACGGUGAACAUCGGCCCUGGAGGUCGAUGGCGAGAUGUUUACCACGAGCUGCACAAGCAUAAUUACACCGUCGCAGGGGGCCGGGAGGCGAACGUCGGUGUUGGCGGGUUCCUCCUAGGAGGUGGAUUGGCGUUUCUGAACUCCCAGAGAGGCUUUGCGUGCGACGAUAUCAUCUCAUAUGAGGUAGUGCUGGCGGACGGAAGCAUCGUCACAGCCGACAAAGACCACCAUGCCCGCCUGUUCCGGGCCCUAAAGGGCGGCUCCAACAACUUCGGCAUCGUCACGAACUUCAGGAUGAACAUGCUAAGCAAUAACAAGAUCUGGGGCGGGUUGACGAUAUCCCCGAAGGAGUACAUAUCCAGUUCCAUCGACGCCAUGCACAACUUCACAACCAAGGUCAAGGACAACCCCACUGAGACCGUGUGGACUCUGUUGAUGCACUCACCUGAGCUCGGUGACAUCAAGGACACUGUCAUUGCGACUGCUUAUGCAAGCAUGGUGGGGACGGAAAAGGCGCCGGCUUUCAAGGAAUUUUUGGACAUUCCCACGACCAUCAGCCAACUCGGAAUCAAAACAGUCAGCGAGUUCACCGUCGAAUAUACUCAAUCAACUCAUCAUCAUGUCAUCUGGUUCACCUGUGCUUUCAAGAACGACAAGCGCAUCAUGGCCAAGGCCUCGGAGCUGCACGAUAUCCUAGUAGAAGACCUCAAGGGCGUGGUCCCCGACGAAAACUUCAUCACGCAGAACUGCGAGAUUAUGCAUACCCCAAAGUGCAGGCCUGGAACCGAGAGGUACAGGAGUUCGCGCAAACCAUCCCUGACGGGCUGA